UUACCAAGCAGAAUGCCUGCUUCCAACAUCAGUGAUGACAGUCUCCCAGGCACACUCAUCCUGACGGGCAUCCCAGGGCUGGAGUGGGCCCAUGUCUGGAUCGCCAUCCCCUUCUGCGCCAUGUAUCUGGUAGCGCUGGCUGGGAAUGCUGCCCUCAUCAUGGUCAUUGUGACAGACAGUGCUCUUCAUGCACCCAUGUACCUCUUCCUGUGCCUUCUCUCACUCACCGACCUGGCUCUCAGCUCUGUCACUGUGCCCAAAAUGCUGGCCAUUUUGUGGCUUCAUGCUGGAGAGAUUUCCUUUGGUGGAUGCCUGGCCCAGAUGUUCUGUGUCCAUUCUAUCUAUACCCUGGAGUCUUUAGUUCUUCUAGCCAUGGCCUUUGAUCGCUAUGUGGCAAUCUGCAACCCACUGAGAUACACAACCAUUCUCAACCAUACCGUCAUAGGCAAAAUUGGCCUUGCUGGGCUAUGCCGUAGUGUGGCCAUUGUGACCCCAUUCAUCUUCUUGUUGAGGCGACUGCCUUACUGUGGUCACCAUGUCAUGGCCCACACAUACUGUGAGCACAUGGGCAUCGCUCGCCUGGCCUGUGCCAACAUCACUGUCAAUAUUGUCUAUGGGCUGACUGUGGCCCUGCUGGCCAUGGGUCUGGAUGCCAUCCUCAUUGCCAUUUCCUACGGCUUUAUCCUCCAUGCUGUCUUCCGCCUUCCAUCUCAAGAUGCCAGGCACAAGGCUCUGAGUACCUGUGGCUCCCACCUGGGGGUCAUCCUGGUCUUCUACAUUCCUGCCUUCUUCUCCUUCCUCACCCACCGCUUUGGCCAGCACCGAGUCCCCAAGAAUGUGCACAUUUUUCUGGCCAACCUGUACGUGCUGGUGCCUCCUGUGCUCAACCCGAUCAUCUAUGGGGCUAGGACCAAGGAGAUUCGGAGCCGACUUCUGAGGCUGCUACAUAUGAGGAAGGUCUCAUUGUGAGUUCUGACCAGUGGUUGGAGAUGACAAGACUGCUAAAUAGACCUGAUAAUUGUCUGGAUGCAUGUGUAUGGGUGGAAGCCUUUGAUGUGAGAAGGAUAAUCACUUGUAAGGAAGCACUGGAAAAAAGGGAAUGGCCAGAU